UGUUAGCCAGAAAUGAUUUGCUAUUGAGAUAAAAACGUCUGCUUUAGACCUUUAAAGAAAAGCUGUUCGGUAGACUGCUUCUAUAUACUGGAUCUAUCUGAACAGCACACAUACAAAGUGUCACAGAGUUUCUAUACGGUCUUUGGUUUUACUAAAACGGUUACAAAGUAACAUGCGCGUUCUGUUACUUUACAUUAGUCAAUCAUGAAGCAGAACGCAGAGCGCGGCAUUCCUAUCAUGUUGUAAAACAACACCACUUCCUCCAGCAUGUAGAGAGAAGUGUGGAGUGAGUGGCAGGCGAGCUUGAUUGUAUUGACUCUUCGCACCGAUAUUAUUUAGACUUUAUGUCGAAUCGCAGCAUGUCCAUUGAUUGACCAAACAGAUUGCCACUGUACACACACUCUCACUAUGAUGGCUGAAGAACGCAGGGUCUGUAGCAGUGUCCCACAAGCUGAGUCAAAGCCUCCCUCAAUCUCUUCAUCCUCUUCAAUGAGGGAACUGGAAUCUAAAAACUUGCAUCUCAGAAGGAAGUUAAGCUCAGUGGAGGAAGAAAGUGCUUCUGUGAUGCAAGAAAACAGACAACUGAUCAUUGAAUUGGAAGCAGUGAAUCUCGAACUUGCCAGCUCGAAAACCAAAGUCCGGGUUCUGGGUUCCACCGUAGGGUCUAAGACUUCUAGUGUGUGUCAUAUGAAGGAGGAGAUUGAGGGUUUGGAGGCUGAGGUUGAGGCCCAAGGGAAUGUACUCAGAGAUACAGAAAAGAGGCUGGAGGAGACUCAAGAGACAUUGGUCAUUAAGAGCAGACUAGUGGACCAGCUACAAGAGGAGUUAAUGGCUGCUAGGGCUGAGUUAGAGAACAGGACUAAUCAGGGGAUAAGAGUUGAGCAACAGAGAGAGGAAGCACUUGUUACUGCAGAGAAGCAGACAUUGGCUCUCCGGAGUUACAAGGGAAAUAUGUCAGAGAAACUGAAGAAGGUGUUGGACAACGAGGCCAGACUGAAGGAGGCUCUUAUCCAGUGUGAUAAAGAGAGAGUGGCGUGGGAGAGGAGGUGUCUUCAGCUAGAGCAGGACAAGACUGACAUGAAUCAGCUGAUUGGCCAGUUGAAGGAAGAGUCGGUCAGAGCCGAGGCGAUGAGUGUAGAGUGCGCCACCUUGCGUUCUCGUCUGGAAGAGGCCUCUGUCCGGGCUGUGGAGCUGGAGAGAAGACUGAGUGACAGGGAGAUAGUUGAGAAGGACAUAGAGGUGUUGAGGAAGGAGUGUGGGGACCUACGCCACCUCACUACCAGCCAGGAGCAGAGACUGGAGCAGUGUCAGAGAGAAGCACAGCAGAGCCAAGCUGAACAGGUCAGCCUAGAGGCCAUCCUCAGCCUGCUGCAUCUUAGAGAGAGUGGAGGGGGAUCACUCUGUGCUAAGCCUUGUCUGCCAGCUCCAUUCUGUGAUGUCCCCAAACUCAAACCAGGGGAGCAGUACCAGCAGCUGCUGCCUGUGUUGCGGGCUGUGGAGCAGGAGAGAGGCAGGCAGGCAGUUCUAGCCCUGGGCCUACAGGAGAGACUAAGGCAGGCCCAGGAGGAGAUGACUGCCCUACAUAACAACAUGAACCAGAGAGACAUCCAGCUACAGAAACUACACACAGAGCUCCAGGAGAGGACUGUACAAAUCAACCAGCUGGAGAGAGAGGCAGCUCUAGUCCUGGGCCUGCAGGAGAGACUAAGGCAGGCUCAGGAGGAGAUGACUGCCCUACAGAACAAAAUGAACCAGAGAGACAUCCAGCUACAGAAACUACACACAGAGCUCCAGGAGAGGACUGUACAAAUCAACCAGCUGGAGAGAGAGUUAAGGAGGAAGAACGUCAGCCUGGCAGCUGCAGAGAAACAGUUAGAGAAGAAAGAUGCAGGACUUUCACAGGCUGUAGAGAAGACCACUGAGUUAGAGCAGAACCUGCUGGAGAAGAGCAGCAGUAUCCAGCACUUUAAAACCACUCUGGACUUGAAGAAGAGGGAUUUCCAGCAGGAGUUGGAGGAGUCUCAGAGAGUUGGCUCAGAGCAAUGUAAGGAGCUACAGGAUCAAAUCAAAAUGUUGCACUCUCAGAAAGCAGAGCUGGAGAAAUACUUUUCUUCAGCCCAGCAUGAGAGAAAGGAGGCCCAGCACAGAGCAGACAGACUUCAGACCUCCCUCAACCAGCUCACGCACGAUACAGAGACGAGAGCCAAUCAAGACCAGGAGGCCUUGAGAGCUCUCAGAGUGCAGGCAACAGAAUAUACUACCAAGGUGAGGUUUUUGGAGACAGCCCUGACAACAUGCCAGGAUGAGUUGAGUAGCUGUAUGCAACAGAUAAAGGGAGUGAAGGGACGCUAUGAGAGAGAGCUGGAGACAAGCGCCAAAGAGGUGGAGGCUCUGCAGGCAGAGAUGCGGGGUAGCUCUCUGGUAUGUCAGAGCUCCAGUGAGCAGAACCUGCAGCUGCAGCACACCGUCCAGAGACAGCAGACCAUGCUGCAGAAGAGCACCUCCCGUGUGGCAGAGCUAGAGGACAGACAGGCCCUGUUACUGGAGCAGGUGGGCCGCUUGGAGAAGGAACUGGAGAAAGAGAAGGCGUUAGCCUCCAAAGAGCUGAAGAGGAGAGAGCAGAGAGCCCAGGAGGCCAUAGAGGAACUGCAGGAGGCUAGUCAGCAGGCAGAGAGACAUGAGAGAGAAGCCCUGCAGCUCUCCAGCUCUGUCACGCAGUUGUCAGAGGACAUGAAUAAGGUUCGGGGAGAGCUGAGUGAGCGAGAGCAGCAGAUGCUGCGUAUACGGAGAGACAGCGACACCAAGUCCUUCCAGCUCUCUAAGAUGGAGAAGAUGCUAGCUGAGACCAGAGGAAAGCUGGAUAAGAAGACAGAGUCUGUCCAGGAUCUGGAGGAGAAGGUACGUUUCACCAGGAAGGACAGGAGGAACUCCCUCCACCGCACCCAGCUGCUGGAGAGCCAGAUGAAGACGGUGAAGGGAGAGCUGGUGGACACACUGGACCACCUGCAGGAGCUACGAGACAGGCUGAGACGCUCACAGGCCAACGCAGAGCAGCGCAAAGUUGACAUGGAGAAACUGCAAGCAGUGAUGAGGGAGAUACAGAGUCAGUUGGAGGAGAAAUGUAGGGAGUUGGAGCAGAAGAAACAGGAGAUUAUAGACAAAGACACAGAAAUUAAGGAAAGGCAGGAGGAACUUCAACUAAAAUCCCUCCAGCUCAGUAAAUUAGAGGCUGCUGUAGAGAGUCAUACACAGAAGAUGCAGCAGAAGCUCAUCCUCCAACAGGGGGCGCUGGAGAUCUCCCAGAGAGAGGCCAAGGAGAGAACCAACCAGGUGGAGUUUCUGAGUGAGAGGCUGGAGUUGAUACAGAAACAACUGCAGGGAAAGGAGAACCUGGAGAAGGAAGCCUUAGUCCAGGGUCAGCAGCUGUUUCUUUGCAGGGAGAAGCUCCAGAGGACAUCUCACAACCAGGAGAUGCGUAGUCGCUGUGAGAGCCUGGCAAUACAGCUAGAAGAAAGUGUUCAGUUAUGCCGUGAAAAGGAGAACCAUGCCAGGCAUAUGGAGGAGGAGCAGGGGAGGAUGGAGGAGCAGACUGCCCAGACUGAGGCCAGACUCCAGGCCACAGUGGCCUCCCUCAGAGUGGAGCUAGACACACUGAGAUGGAUGCAACAGAAUGAGCUGUCAGCUCUACAGGAGAGCCAGGCGGAGGUGCUGAAGGCGUCAGAGUGUGUCUCCUCCACCCUGCGCUGCUCCCAGGAUCAGCUGACCUCUGAACUACAGCAUAGCAGACUGGAGCUUGAGGAGGCCCAGCGCAACACCGCCGCCCUGCUUGCAGAACUCAACACCAGAGAACAGCUGCUGCAAAGCACCAGCGAGGCCCUGCUCAUCAAGGAAUCCGAAAUGACACGUCUAAGGACCAAGAUCUCCAGCUUUGAGAGAAGCACGGAGCUCCAUAAAAUAGCUGUUCGCUCUGGUCUGACCUCUUUAUCAGGUCACAACCCUACAGCCCCCUCCCUACUCCUACCACCACCACAAAGUAAGAGAGAAGACAGAUAAAGAAUACCUUUGUCGACAAAUAUAAUUUUAUUUUGAAUAUGAGAUAAAAUAC